CACGCUGCAGCUAAAAGUCUCGCGCUACUGCCCAGCCUCGGACAGAACUAAAGCGCGCGCGCUCUGGGGACCGUUAUGGUUUUAUAAAGAUCCACAGAGGAGCCGCACGAGCUGUUCACUUCCGGCAGGGCGGCACGGUGGUGUAGUGGUCAGCACUGGUUGCACCAGGUCGUUUUCUCAUAAACAAACCAGCGCUGACGUAGGAUUCAGAGGGAGGAGUCCCGCAGAUGACGUCACGAAAAUCAAUGUUUCCCGGGAAAUCCAAACGGAUGCCAGAUAAAAGAAAUAUGGGUGGGGUGAAAGGAGCCUGUGGGGCUACAGUGAGCUUCCACAACAUCCACUACACUGUCAGCAGCAGGACUGGGAUACUCUGCAAACAGAAGAAGAUCAAAAAAAACAUCCUCAUUGACCUCAAUGGAAUUAUGAAGCCUGGAAUGAAUGCCAUAUUAGGAGCCACAGGGAGCGGAAAAUCCUCUUUUUUGGAUGUGCUGGCAGCAAGGAAAGAUCCAAAAGGACUGACUGGAGAGGUGCUGAUAGACGGCGCACCACAGCCUCCCAACUUUAAAUGCCUGUCUGGAUAUGUAGUACAAGAUGAUGUGGUGAUGGGAACGUUAACGGUGAGGGAGAAUCUGCGCUUCUCAGCAGCGUUGAGGCUUCCAAUGUCUAUCAGUCAGAAGGAGAAGGAGGAGAAAGUGUCGCGACUCCUCGACGAGCUCGGGCUGACUAAAGUAGCUGACUCACGGGUGGGCACGCAGCUGAUUCGUGGCAUUUCAGGAGGUGAGAGAAAGAGGACCAAUAUUGGCAUGGAACUUAUUAUCGAUCCAUCUGUCCUCUUCCUGGACGAGCCAACGACCGGACUGGAUGCUAGCACGGCUAACUCUGUACUGGCCCUGCUGAAGAGGAUGUCAAAUCAUGGUCGGACCAUCAUCCUGUCUAUCCACCAGCCGCGUUAUUCCAUUUACCGGCUUUUCGACACACUCACCCUGCUGGUGGCAGGCAGACAGGUUUACCACGGGCCUGCUCAGAGCGCACUGGACUACUUCAGCGACAUCGGCUUCACCUGUGAACCCCAUAACAACCCCGCUGACUUCUUCCUGGAUGUCAUUAAUGGAGAUUAUACUGCACUGUCUUCAGACAAUCUAAAGGAUAAUGAAGAGCUGGAUCAAAAGCAAUAUGCAGUGAACCGUCAGAGCAUUGAGGAUCGUCUGGUGCAGGAGUACAAGCAGUGGUCAUACUACAAGCAGACCAAAGACGAGCUGGAGCAGAUCACGCAGGGACGCAAGUACGGCAACUCGCCCAAAUCACGCACCAUCACCUACAGCACGUCCUUCUGCCACCAGUUCAAAUGGGUGCUGAAGAGGACGUUCCGCAACCUGAUGCUCAACCCACAGACCUCCAUCGCUCAGAUCGGUGUGACAGUUUUUUUGGCUCUGGUUGUUGGUGCCAUCUUUUUCAACGUAUCCAGCAAUAAAAGUGGAAUCCAGAACAGGAUGGGUGCCUUGUUCUUCAUAACCACCAACCAGUGUUUUGGCUCGCUGUCUUCCGCUGAACUCUUCAUUACAGAACGCAAGCUCUUCCUACACGAGUAUGUUAGCGGUUAUUACAGAGUGUCUGUGUACUUCCUGUGUAAGCUGCUCUCGGAUAUUCUCACACUGCGCACCUUUCCAGCCAUCAUCUUCAGCGUGGUGGCCUACUGGCUGAUCGGGUUCAAAGGGGCUGUUGGGCCAUUUUUCUUCUUCAUGUUGACCGUCGCCAUGACCGCAUACACGGCGACAUCCAUGGUGAUGGCCAUCUCUGCUGACCAGAACGUGGUGGCCGUUGCCAACAUCUACAUGACCAUCACCUUCGUGUUCAUGAUGAUUUUCUCAGGAUUGUUGGUGAAUCUGCCGAGCAUUGCUGCCUGGCUGAACUGGAUAAAAUACUUCAGCAUUCCCCGCUAUGGCCUUAGUGGUCUCCUGGUGAAUGAGUUUUUUGGGCUGGAAUUCUGUGAACCUCCUUUGAUUCCGAUUCCUGGCAUCCCUAAUUGUACGACUGGAGAGGAGUUCCUGAUGGAGCAGGGCAUCGAUUACUCCACCUGGGGCAUGUGGCAGAAUAUCGUGGCUCUGGGCUGCAUGACCAUCAUAUUCCUGACCAUCGCAUACCUGAAACUGUGCUUCAUCAAGAAAUUUACAUAGACACACACAGGCUGCUUUUCCAAAAUUGAUACUGGCCUUUGAGUCACACUUGAGUGGUUAGAUGAGAACCAGAGAAAAUGGAGAAUGACGCACACCUUUACCUCCCUUUUACAGCAUUUAGUGCUCAUCCUACUUCCUGCUCCGCCCCCCAAGACCACCUUCUCUUCCUGCACAUCAUUUCCUUAUUUAUCAACAUUUGCUUAAUCACAUCCCAUUUUGACCACAUUUCAUAACUAUGCAACUUUUCAGCUUUUUUUUUUUUAAAUUCUUGUUAAUUCUUGUUUUUGUCCUGAAUAUCGUAUACACACACGUAUGAAUACUGCACUUUUGUAUAGUUUUGUUCAUAUAAUUGAUUUAAUCCAACUCAAAGCCGCCUCUGAUGACUAAAGCACUCUUACAGAGCUUCAAUCCAGGGGUGUUUUGUGAAUUGCUUGACAUUUUAUGUGAAGACACCCUUAUGGCUGGUAUCAGUGUAAUAAAAUUUUUGUUAAUGAUUGUAAUACUUUUUUUUUUUUUUGGAACAUGCAGUGUAGUAAUACAGUCCCCCUGCCCUCGACACACUGCCUUUAGCUCAUCCAGGUCUUUAUAAGUACAAUAUAUUAUAGUAAAAAUUUUACAGCACAGAAAAUGUCAACCUGUCAAAGACGUGCACAGUAUUGGGGGGGGGGUUGUUUGCUGUUGAAUGAAUUAUUUUGGAUUUUUUUUUUCUUUUUUUUGUGUGCGCAACAGCUCCACCAAUAAAAAAAAGUACACUGUUUUGGACCGAAAAGUCUUGAUUAGAGUUCAGUUUUUAUUAUCAAGGUCACUGAUGUAAAAACAGACAAG